AUGGCAAAAAUUUUCGUCGUUUUUCUCUUGGCUUGUUUCUCGCCGGGCGAAGCUAGAGUGAUUCCUUCCAUUUCCUUAGCUUACCACCCUAAAGAUACGACAUCUCGACCGUCUCCAAGCCCUUCUACUCCGUAUCCCCCGCCUCGAGUUGAUCAUCGGUACAACCGAGGUGAUCCCAAGCAUUAA